UGGAGCUCUCAAGAACAUGCGCAAUUACGAAGGUCAGACACCAGCUGGAGACCGCAAAACAGACGUACUCGCAAGAGCAGUCCAACUGGUCAAGACAAAGACCGAGAUAGUCGACUUCAUUCUUGCAGCUUGCCCAUACAAGUAA